AGGCGGGGUUUAGCAAUAAUUAUGACCUUGUGGCUGUGGUAACUAGUGACGACCGUAUGAGUUUGACAGAUCGUGUAGCGGAGCUGACUGAGAAACUUUGGGAAUAACAAGCCCUUCUCCAUUCGACCAACAUACACGAGUAACCUUCAGGAUAUGCAACUAAUGAACAAAAAGGCGACAAAGCUAGUAACAUUUUAAUUUGACAAAGUCCCAUCUCGAGUUUGUCAAGUAGAAUAAACAAUGUUCCCGUGUUUUCGACGUUAAUGAACGUGGAAUAGAGCAGGCAAGGAACACCUCAUCAGGCGAAAGUCGGACUGUCCAGGAUCCAACUAGCUCAGCUACCUAGCUACUGCUUGGAUCAGUUGUUUGCAUGCAACAAAGGGCGGGAAUGGUGACACCAUGACCGAGGGUGGCUGAGAGUCAGGGGAAGCCACACAGCGCCAUGGAGGGCACCAGGGCCACCAUCUUGGCGCCGGUCAGAAGCGACGUCUCUCGACGGGAUCGGAAGCGGCGUGUCGGGGGUCCUGUAAGGAAGGGGGGUGUCUGCCAGAACAGGACCGCCUCCCCACAUGGGGAGUGCACCUCGGACGGAGAGAGGGAGCCGGAGUCAGCCUUGAAGGAACUGAAACCAAACCCGCUGUCGAAGGGGCUGGGCAAAUGGGAUACUGAGGGGGAGCGAGGAGCGGAGGUGUCGCCUGAGGGGGAGGACGUCCUUUGCUCCUGGGAAAUGGAUUCUCAGGACGAGGAGGCGCAGCAGCAAGAGAAAGAGGAGGAGAAACAGAAGGGGAGUAGUAACAGCCACAGCACCUCCAAUACGGAUAGUCCUGCCCCCUCCAGCAGCUGCACAGAUCUGUCCCAGACGUCGUCUCCAUCGCUGUCGGACCAGCUCUUUCUGGGUCGAGAGGAAGGGACGGGGGCCGGGAUCAACGUGGAAUGUCGGAUCUGUGGAGACAAAGCCUCGGGGUUCCACUACGGAGUACACGCCUGUGAAGGCUGCAAGGGCUUUUUCCGCCGGACCAUCCGCAUGAAGCUGGAGUACGAGCGCUGUGAGCGCAGCUGUAAGAUCCAGAAGAAGAGCAGGAACAAGUGCCAGUACUGCCGCUUCCAGAAGUGCCUUCUGCUAGGCAUGUCCCACGACGCGAUCCGGUACGGCCGCAUGCCGGAGGCGGAGAAGAGGAAGCUGGUGGCGGGCCUCCUGGCGGGAGAUACGGCUCCGACCACCAACCCCAAAGGCUCGGACCUCAAAUCCCUGGCCAAGCAGGUCAACAACGCCUACCUGAAGAACCUCAAUAUGACCAAGAAGAAAGCUCGCAGCAUCCUCACCGGCAAGAAUAGCUCCAGCCCGGUAGCGUAUCCAUAUCCCUUCGUGAUCCACGACAUGGACUCGUUGCACCAGGCUGAGAACGGGCUGGUGUGGAACCAGCUGAUCAACGGGACGCCGCCCAACAAGGAGAUUGGGGUUCACGUGUUCUACCGCUGCCAGUGCACCACGGUGGAGACGGUCAGGGAGCUCACGGAAUUCGCCAAGAGCAUCCCUGGCUUUGUAGACCUCUUCCUCAACGACCAGGUGACGCUGUUGAAAUACGGCGUGCACGAGGCCAUCUUCGCCAUGCUUCCCUCGCUCAUGAACAAGGAUGGGCUGCUGGUUGCCAACGGGAAGGGCUUUGUGACCCGGGAGUUCCUGCGCAGCCUGCGGCGGCCCUUUAGCGAGAUCAUGGAGCCCAAGUUUGAGUUUGCCGUUAAGUUCAACGCCCUGGAGCUGGACGACAGUGACCUGGCCCUGUUUGUGGCCGCCAUCAUCCUCUGUGGAGACCGUCCGGGGCUGAUGAACUUCAAGCAGGUGGAGGAGAUUCAGGACAGCAUCCUGCAGGCCCUGGACCAGCACCUGCUGGGCAACCACGCUGACUCACAUUACCUCUUCCCCAAGCUGCUCAACAAGAUGGCCGACCUUCGCCAGCUGGUCACAGAGAACGCCAUGCUGGUCCAGAAGAUUAAGAAGACUGAGUCAGAGACCUCACUGCACCCGCUGCUGCAGGAGAUCUACAAGGACAUGUACUGACUGGACUGAACUGGACUGGACUGGUUUUAGCUUUCUACAACAGCGGUGCUGUUCACUCACUCCUGUUUCCUGUGAGUGAGAGUCACAGGGGGUGCAUGUUUUUUGUUCCAGCA